UUUUCGGAGCGCACUCUCCGGCAGCAAUGUGGAGGGAAGGGGUGAGCAGUUGAGCUGUUUUUCUUUUUCCCACUCCCACUUCUUUUUGAGUUCUCCUUUUUUUUUUCUUCCCCUCCUAGUUUUGAACUUUGCGUUUUUUUAAUGUGGUGGAGGGGGGAACACAGCGCAACUGUUCAAUAAAGGGAAGGAAAGCAGUUUCUGCGACGCGUGUUUUCUUUUUUUUUUUCACUUGAGCCAUUGUUUCUCACGCAUGGAUAUUAAGGAGAUAAAAUCAUCGGACGCGCUUCUCUCUUUUCAGUAGGGCUGUAGUUAAUGCUGGCUCUGUAAGGAGGAGAUCAUUAUUCCUGUUCCUCAGGAGCGCAAGCGCUAAAAACGCACGCAGGGACCGCAAGUUUGUCCGCAAGCUGCGAAGGAGGUGAAACUUUGCCAAGUUUCUGCGCAUCCGGCCACAGAAGCCAAACAUUUAUCGUUAUUUUCCCAACUUUUCUCUCUAUUUAACUGGAUUACUUUCCUAAACCCGGUCAUGGCCUACGGAAUUAACUUCAGAGGAUGAAAGAGGAGUUGUGAAACAUGAACUAUUGUAGUUAGUUCACUCCACCAGUGGCACGUUUUGGACUGUACGCUGAGAGAGAAAAGAAAAAAAACUGCUGUUGCGCUUGUGUGCGUGUUUUUUUUUUCCUUCCUUCCUUUUCGAUCCCUUCUACUCGGGUGCCAAAAUGCCACAGCUGAACGGAGGCGGCGGGGACGAUCUGGGGGCCAACGAUGAAAUGAUCUCCUUCAAAGACGAAGGGGAGCAGGAGGACAAGAUCUCCGAGAACGUCUCAGCGGAGAGGGACCUGGAUGACGUCAAGUCCUCCUUGGUCAACGAGUCGGAAAACAACAGCAGCUCAUCAGACUCGGAGCAGGCAGAGAGGCGCCCCCAAACCAGACCCGACUCAGAAAGUUAUGAGAAAACAAGAGAUUACUUCAGUGAAGCACUAAGAAGACAGCAAGAUGGAGGCUUUUUUAAGAGCCCUCACUAUCCGGGCUACCCGUUUCUUAUGAUUCCUGACCUCACCAAUCCAUACCUAUCCAAUGGUUCACUGUCUCCCAGUGCAAGAACAUACCUGCAGAUGAAAUGGCCUCUCUUGGACGUCCCCGGCUCCGCAGGAAUAAAAGAUUCCCGUUCUCCCACACCAGGACAUUUAUCCAAUAAAGUUCCGGUGGUACAGCAUGCCCAUCACGUCCAUCCACUGACCCCCCUCAUCACCUACAGCAAUGAACACUUCUCUCCGGGCACGCCUCCAUCACACCUCUCACCUGAGAUCCUUGAUCCAAAGACAGGUAUUCCUCGAACACCUCAUCCAUCAGAGCUCUCGCCGUACUACCCACUGUCUCCCGGUGCUGUUGGCUCGAUUGCACAUCCUCUAAGCUGGUUUAUGCAACAGCAGGGCCAGCCCAUGUACUCCAUCCCUCCAGGGGGAUUCCGUCACCCCUAUCCGACGUUGGCUAUGAAUGCGUCCAUGUCCAGCUUGGUGUCCAGCCGUUUCUCCCCUCACAUGGUGACCCCUCCUCCGCACAGCCUCCACCAGACCGGCAUCCCCCAUCCCGCCAUCGUCUCACCAGCCAUAAAGCAAGAACCUAACGGCGACAACAUCAGCCCCUCCAUGCAUGCCAGGAAGUCCCCUGUUCCUUCCAAGAAAGAGGAGGACAAGAAGCCUCACAUCAAGAAGCCUCUCAACGCUUUCAUGCUGUACAUGAAGGAAAUGAGGGCCAAGGUAGUGGCAGAGUGCACCCUGAAGGAAAGCGCUGCGAUUAACCAGAUCCUUGGGAGACGGUGGCACUCGCUGUCCAGAGAGGAGCAAGCCAAAUACUACGAGCUGGCCAGAAAAGAAAGGCAACUGCACUCCCAGCUCUAUCCUGGAUGGUCGGCACGAGAUAACUACGGAAAGCGGAAAAAGAGGAAGAGAGAGAACAAGCCAGACUCAAAACCAGAGGACUUCUCCAUAAGGAGUAAGAAACAGUGCGUGCAGUAUUUGCCCUCGGAGAAGAUGUGCGACAGUCCGGCGUCAUCUCACGGCAGCAUGCUGGACUCGCCGGCCACUCCCUCUGCCGCCCUGGCCUCCCCCGCCGCCCCGGCCCCAACUCACUCUGAACAGGCUCAGCCGCUGUCGCUCACCACCAAACCGGAGGGACGCAUGCACCACCACUUCUCUGUACCUGGGAAGGCCUCUGGAUCCGCAUCCUCCUCCUCCUCUUCCUCCUCUUCCUCCUCCUCUUCCCAGCCCUCCAUCUCCAUCCCUGUCGGUACUUCAGGCAGCCAGUCGAGCACACCCAUCCUCACCCGGCCGAUCCCCUUCACCUCCCUGCACCCCUCCAUGCUCUCCCCGCCGUCCCCCUUCCAUCAGGCGGCUCUUCACUCCCAUCAUUCCCUCUUCCAGUCCCAGCCCCUCUCCCUGGUUACCAAACCAACUGAAUGAAUCUGCAAAUGUUUCUUUUCUUUAAAUACUUGUGCUGUAUAUUGCUUUUCUUUGAAAUUAGGUAUUAGAACAACUUUUUUUCUUAAUAAUGAAAAGGAAGAAGUAUUAUUGGUCAAUAUUUGACCGCCUCCUUUUCUACAUCUCUCAAUGAAAACAAAAAUGUAUUUUUUUGUAAAGUUUACCGCAGAACUGGGUUCUUUUUUUUGUUUUGUUUGUUUUCUUUUGAUGCAUUUAUCCAAUGAACCUCUUGUAUAAAAGAACCAAUGUACAUAAAGUUUCUUUAUAAAAGCAAAAAGGAAACAAAAACAUUUUCUUUUUAGCCAAAACUUAAUUAAUGUUAGUAUAAAGUUUUCAGUUUUAGUCCUGGCCAAUAAUUGCAAGCCCUUUCUUUUUGUUUUUUUUUGUUUUGUUUUUCAAUUCACGAGUGUGUGCCCCUUCUUUGACAUGUCAAAUAAACAUUUGG